GGAUGGGCUCCGGCGGGCAAGGCGAGGCCGCCGUCCUGGCGGCGGUGGAGGACGGCCAAGGGGACCGCGCGCUGCACCUGGCGGCCGCGGCGGGGCGGCUCGAGGUCUGCAGGUACCUCGUCCAGGACCUCCGCCUCGAUGUCAAUCAGCUCAACCUCAUAGUUACUACCACGCUGUAUGGUGGAAUUCGCAUUUCAGGCUUCAGAUUUUGUGUUACAUGCUGUGACACGCUACUGUACCUUUCUGCCUCAUAUGGGAGAGCUGAUGCUGCAAGAUAUCUUCUUGAUCAUGGUGCUGAUCCACUAGCUGGCAAAGUACACUCACCUCUCCAUGGCGCUGCAAAGGAAGGACAUUGUGAAAUAGUAGAACUGCUGCUUUCAAGAGGAAUCAAUGUGGAUUUAGAUUCUGCGCAAGGGACGCCAUUGCAUGCAGCUGCUAUUUCUAAACACCAUGACAUAAUUAAGAUCUUGUUGGAGCACCAUGCCGAUGUAAGACACCAGUUUCUUUGUUCUCUUCUUUGCGGUGAAAAAGAGAACUCUGGAACGGAAUAUCUUGUGGCCAGUGGUACUCGUGCUUCAUCUCCUAACAAGGUUUACGGUCUUGGUUAUGCCCCAUUGAGUUGGGCCAUCCGUGCCAUCAGGCCCAUGCCUAGAGAGCCGUUGGAAUGUGUCAAGCUACUUGUUAAGGCUGGUGCUGAUCUGAAUUUUAUUGACUUCGAUGGUGGUAGUUACGUGAUGUUGGCAGUGAAGUUUGACUCACCUGGCAUCAUGAAGUUCUUACUAGAUGCUGGUGCUAACCCCAAUAUUCCCGAUGAAUGUGGUAGGACACCGAUUGAAGUUGCUGCCUCUAAAGGCAGUAGGGACAUGGUUGAAAUGCUAUUCCCUUUAACUCCUCCUAUUUCAACGCUGCCGGACUGGAGUAUUGAUGGAAUCAUUUCUCAUGUGAAACACUUUGGUUUGAAGCCGAGGGUAUGUGUUUCAUUCUGUGCUCACUUGCAGUUCCAUAUGUUAUUUAUCAUCACCCUGACCAAAGAUAAAGAAAUGUACGCAAAGAGAAGAACUGAAGUUAAACGGAAAGCUUCUGAGGCUUUUAAGAGAGGGGACUAUUAUAUGGCAUCAGAGAUGUAUAGCUCUACAAGGGCAUUUGACCCUAGUCCGGAUGAGUAUGCAACCAUAUUGGCAAAUAUUAGUCUAUGCGCGUUGCGUGCUGGAAAUGGAAAAGCUGCUCUGUCUUAUGCUACCAUGUGCAGAAUGGGGCGACCUCUUUGGCCAAAAGCCUGCUACCAAGAAGGGGCAGCUCUUAUGUUAUUGAAGAAGUACGAGAGAGCAUGUGAGGCUUUUGCGGAUGGCUUGAAGCUUGACCCUACAAGUGGUGAUAUUGCAAAUGCUUUAAGCCAUUUCGAAGUUGGCACUAACCAGAAAGGUUUGGAACUUGGUGUAUUGGGCAAAAGAUCCAGGGAAACGUUUAUUGUUCACUUCACUAGUCCAAUCAGCUACUGGAAAUAUCCAUGUUCAGACAUGGCAGAUUUCCCCACUUCGACAAUGAAAUCAUUUUGA